CCAGCCGGGGAAGCGGCUACGGCGCCGGGAUGAGCGGCUACGGAGGCGGGAUGAGCAGCAGCCUGUUGCUCUCGGGCUCCGGCGUGGUGCAGAACGAGAAGGAGACCAUGCAGGAGCUCAACGAGCGCCUGGCCACCUACCUGGACAAGGUGCGGAGCCUGGAGCAGCAGAACCGCCAGCUCGAGCUCCAGAUCCGCGACUUCAUGCAGAAGAAGGGCCCCAGCGCCCGCGACUGGAGCCACUACUGGGAGGUCAUCGAGGACCUGCGCAACAAGAUCUACGAUGCCACCGUGGAUAACGCCCGCACGCUGCUGCAGAUCGACAACGCGCGCUUGGCCGCCGAUGACUUCAGGGUCAAGUACGAGGCCGAGCUGGCCAUCCGCCUCUCGGUGGAGAACGACAUCGUGGGGCUCCGCAAGGUCAUCGACGACACCAACAUGGCCCGGCUGCAGCUGGAGGGCGAGAUCGAGUCCCUCAAGGAGGAGCUCAUCUUCAUGAAGAAGAACCACGAGGACGAGGUGAAGGGCCUGCAGGCGCAGAUCGCCGACUCGUCCGUUACGGUGGAGGUGGAUGCCCCCAAGUCCCAGGACCUGGGCAAGAUCAUGGCCGAAAUCCGGGCGCAGUACGACGCGCUGGCCCAGAAGAACCUGGAGGACCUGGAAAAGCAGUGGGGGCAGCAGAUCACCGAGAGCACCAUCGAGAUCACGCAGAGCAGCAAGGACGUGGACACGGCGCGCAGCACCGUGCUCGACCUCCGCCGCACCGUGCAGACCCUGGAGAUCGACCUGGACUCCCUCCGCAACCAGAAAGCCGGCUUGGAGGGCAACCUGCUGGAGGUGGAGAACCGCUACGCGCUGCAGAUGGAGCAGCUGGGCGGGCUGAUCGCGCGCGUCGAGGCCGAGCUGGCGCAGGCGCGGGCCGAGCUGCAGCGCCAGGCCGACGAGUACCAGGCGCUGCUCAACGUCAAGGACAAACUGGAGGCGGAAAUCGCGACCUACCGGCAGCUGCUGGAGGGCGGCGAGGAGUUCAGCCUGCGGGACGCCCUGGAGAAGGAGAGCACGUCCACGGUGCACAGGUCCACCCAGAAGAUCGUGGACGGGAAGGUGGUGUCGGAGACCAAGGAGGUGAAGGUGCGGACGUACUGAGCG